UUUUUUUUUUUCUUUUUCUUUUUUUUUUUUUUUUUUUCUUUUCUUCCCUUAUCUCUCCCCACUUGACGCUUGCCAUCAUCCCCUGCAGCUGCUAGAAAUGUAUAUUUCACAGUCUUCGCAUUAAUUCCUUCCCGCCCACUAUCGUCCUUUCAUCCAGUUCCCUCUCAACUACGCCUCUACUUUGGGGGCCUAUCUACUAUCGUUAGGCAGCCACUCAGCUCGGAAUAUUUCACCAUCUAAGUGACCUCCGAUCCGAUCAUGCCGGUCGUAAGCUUGGUCAAGUCAACGCGAAGGGGCAAUUCGUCGAGGAAGCGACCUCUCUGGCUACCUAUCAUUGCCCCAAAAGAUGAUACGACCAGCUUCAGUCUCAAUCUCCCCGAUCCUGCGCGAACAAAGGUUUCUCGACCGCGAGUGCGAUUUCCGCCGCGGUCAAGAACCGGAUGCUGGACUUGCAGAAGCCGCAAAGUCAAAUGUGAUGAAAGCCAUCCCCAAUGCAAUCAAUGUACCCGACUGGGUCACAUUUGCGACUAUAGACCGCGCCUGUGCUUUCGCGAUGACACGCGCCGGAUCAUGGACCGAAUGUCAGAAGUUGAGAUAGUUGGGAACGUAGUAUGGGAUCCCGACACACCCCGGACUCAUAAACGCCCCAUAAACACUUCAGCUGAUUGCUUGCCCUCGUUUGAGCUGCUCACCUCGGAUGAGGAUCGGGAAAGAAAAGCAGAAUCUUCUGUUCCUGGCACGUAUCAUGUUAUUGUGAUUCCCGAGAGUUUCGCUCAUCUCCCGGAGUACACCGAGGACACCCCUGAAACGUAUGUAGGUGAUCAGGUGUCAUAUUCUUUUUGCAUCAACAGCGAAACGAGCCAAUCAUGCGUUGCAACCGCUGAAGUCGACCCCAACGUGGUGAUUCUAAAGGUUUUUCGAGAUACACGAAGACCAUCACCCAUCAACCGCAAAUGCUCAGGACAGCCCCUGGAAUCUGACUCUCGGGGCUCUCCAGUCCGGACUCCCUCCACCAUGUCAAGCAUUCAGGUCAUGGCACAUGACAAUCAACAAGCACGUUCCCAACCCCAACGUCGUGACGAUUUAUUACUUCGACAUUUCUGUGACGUGGUGUGGACGCACUUGAUUCCCAAAAUGGUCAUGGUUGAUUGUCCGGGCAGCAGUUAUAGGUUAAGCCCGGAAGUUUUCGAGCAAGAAGCGGCUCGGUCUCCUCGUCUAUACUACGCAAUGCUAGCGAUAUCUGCACUUAGCUUGUCUCGUCAAGGAAGUGGUCACAGCGUGGACGCUCCACAGUACUACCACCGAGCAUUGGCCGCCGUGCAAACCCACCCUUCUGGGGAUGACGAUCUGUUGUCGGAUGAGGUUUUGCUUACGCAUUUUUUGCUGCUUGUCUAUGAGGUCGCGGCGGCGAAUCUCGACGGGUUGCAAAUUCAGUCUUACGUCACCUCCCGGCUGCUUCACAUAGUGCAUUCAAGGCAGUCUACCUAUGGGAUUGAAAGGUAUCCCUUUAUACUCUGGUGGGUUUGUUAUAUUGAUGUGUACAACCUUCUCGGCGGCACGGGAACGGGGGAGUUUGCCAAAGCGGUCAUCGAGGGUCACUUACUUCCCACCGCCGAAUCCUUCUUCUGUCCUGUUUCUCCUGAGACGUCAUGCUUGCUCUAUCCCGAAGAGCGUGACAAUCUAUUCAUGAUUUCUCGCUUGCACCAUGACACCCUGAUGCUCGCCGUUCGGUCAGGACUCUUUGCGGCCGACAUGAGAAAACAUCAGGUGUCCUACCCGGACGCGCACAUGGAUGCACGACAGGGUGCCGAGGAGCUGCGUAACCAACUCCGUGGGCUUUGGUUUUCCCCUGAAAUGCGCUUCUUGAUGGACAACCGGCAUCUCCUCCAAGAACGGCUGCAAUAUCUGCUGCAACAGACCCUAAUACUAUUUCACACCUCUUUCCUUUUCUCCUUUACCGGCCUCUGGCCGGAGCGCCUGUCAGCAGAAACACCAGCCGUCAAAAACGCGGAGGAGGAGAUACAGCACCACGCCGCCAUGGUGCUUGAGCUGGCCGAGGAUCUGGGCCAUGCGGCCCGAGAAAAUCACCGGCACAUCGUGAUUUUCCCCGUCUUCCUAGCGGGCACUGCGGUGACAUCCAGCAGGCUCAAGAUACGGGCAUGGGAAUUGCUUUCAGGCCUGGAGGAAGAAGAGCUGGGGUACCAUGCAUCUUCAACCUGCCACCAAUUGCAGUUGGAGUACGAGCGACAGAUGCGGCAGACCCGGAGCGGGCCCGAAGAGGCCUCGUCGGUUGAUUGGAUUGAGCUGCUGGCGGGGCGCGGGAGUACGGAGGUCCAUUACGCAGGAGGAGGACAUGGCGGCGAUGGAUGGACGGGACGAUGUGUAAAUACCGAAGUUAACGUGUAGAUGAAUUCAAGGCACGGAUCUCGCGGCCUCAGGCAGCGAGGGCGUGACUGGCCUCGUCUUUGGUUUUCCGCCGGCGGGCCGAUCCUUUUCUGAUCCACCAUCCAUCCUCUG